CAAGGCCAUAUUGGAGACGCCAUUACAAAGAUGGCGGAGUUAAACAGUAGUCUAACAGCUAUGGAUUGGCUGCCAAAGCUGACCGUUGGCGGGGCUAUGGCCAAUGCCAAUGGAUGUGAUAGUAUGGGAAACGGUCUUCAAAAGGCCUCGUUGCGAAAAAGCCCUGGCUCGCCUGUUAACCCGUACGCGACACUCACCGAACAAGAAGCCCGCGAACAUCAGUUACGUGAAAACAAACCGCCGUACUCGUAUGCUAACCUUAUUACAUUCGCGAUAAAUAGUUCAGAUAGCAAGAAAAUGACAUUAAGUGAAAUAUAUCAAUGGAUUUGUGAUAAUUUCCCGUAUUAUAGAGAAGCUGGUAGCGGCUGGAAGGUAAGGAAUUUCGGGUUUUAAAUUAUAUAAUAUCAAUACUAGUUGGCACGAACGCAAUACACAACAAAUUCAUCAAGUGCAAUGAUGUGUAUUAUUCUGAAUAAUCGUUCUAUCGUGCUGUUUUGUUCGUUUCUAUUCACAAAGUUUUUCAGUAUGUAUUUAACGGAGUGUUUGUCAUAUAACAAAAUAUUUUGUCUCGUUUUAGAAUUCCAUAAGACAUAACCUGAGCCUCAAUAAAUGUUUUCGAAAAGUUGCGAGGAGUAAAGAUGACCCAGGAAAAGUAAGUGUUUUAAAAGCAAUAAUGGCCACUUGUGUUAUUGGCGAUAACGCCAACAAUUACCCAAACACUAUUUCUCAUGGGCUAUGUCAUAUGACUAUCUACAAUGUUAUAUUUCUCAAUAGUAAACAUGAUAUUUAAACUGCAAUUCGGGUUAUCCGGCAGCUAUUGUAAACUUUGUUGUCACUUGAAACCGAGCUUUUAUGUUGUGUGUACAUUAUUAGUGACAACAGCACGUAACCGUUCUAAUUUUUUUAUUUUAUUUUAAGGGCUCAUAUUGGGCAAUUGAGCAGAAUCCUUCCGACGAUGUACUACAGCUAAGGCCUAGUCGAAAACGUGGCCCAAAUGGGGUGAGUAAUUAGGGUUUUCUUUUCAAACUGAAAGUUUUUGUGAGUAAUAUCGGCUGAAGCGGUUACUAUAGAGAAACUGUUAGACAGUAAAGCGCCCGCGAAUUCUUGUUAAAAGCAUGUUUUUACAGUAAUGUGGUUUUAAGAAUACCUGCUACAUUUUAAAAUAUUUUAUAAAGAUUUAAAACCGCGACCCCGGUUUACGUACUGCGCGCAGGCUAGCUUUCGUAAUGUUUACAUUUUGUGUCAUCGAACAACUUCGAUUUUGGAAUUUAUUUUAAUAGUUUUCCCUUCGUGAUAAAAUUUCUUCGAUCGUUUUGUCUGUAAUGGUAAAUGUAAACAAUCAUUUCAGAUAUGAAUCUUGAUACGUUUGGUGGAAUUAUAAUUUGAUUACAAAAAACUAUCACCUCUUUUCAUUGUCCUAUUAUAACUUCGAAGGGUCCAUUCAGUAAACAUGUUCUGAUUUGUUUUUACGAGAAUUUCGGAAUAUUAUUAAAUGUUACAAUUAUUUUUUUAAAUGUGACAACGAGACAAAUCUGUAAACAUUUCACCUCCAACAAGAGACCCAGGGCCAGACACAUUUACGUUUCGUGCUUCGGUUUGAAAUACAGGAAGGUGACCCACAAUUUCCGGCGUUAAAUAUAUUUUCGCAAUUAUUUUUAGGUGAAAUUAACACGCUAUCACAGCAUCGAGAAAACAUAGCAUCCAAAAAACAUCAAUGAAAUUCCCCUUGAUACAUUAUGUCUUUUAUCAUGUAUCUUUUGACAGGUGUUGGAUUAUAUAAGAGCUGAACAAAGAUCUCUUAUGACAAUUUCAAAUUUCAGAGCCUUGUAUGCUUCCUAUAUAUAAGGGCUAAGGCUUGCGUGAUAUGACUUCAUUUCAGUGACAUAUAACACAUUUUGGCAUCUCUACUGAUGUACAAUUAUCAGUUCUUUUGGCCUGGUUUGAUGCUUUCAUCACAUCUUAUAUGCCAUUACAUAGUUUUCAAGUAUUGCUUCAUUGUAUUGGCCUAGGGAUUAUAUUAGCUUAUGGUUUGCAUUUAACCAUUUAAGAAAACAUGCUUUGAAACUAAGAUGCUUUUGAUGAGUUGGGAGAGCAUUAUUUAUUUUGUUAAUAUUAUUGUUAAUAUGAAAUUCUAUCAAUAUAUAUUGUUCUCAUGCAAACAUCUUAGUUGUUUCCUUGUAUCAUUACUAUCAUGUAUUAGUAUUACAUUUUCAGACAAGCACUCAGGUAUUAUACUCUGGUAUUAUAGGCAUGCAUGUUUAAUCCAUUGAUUGGCAGCACUCUUCCCUUGAUGAGUGAAAUUGUCUGCCGUUGGAGGGAGUAAAAUAAUAACCUAGAGUGCAUCAUCACUUACGUGGUUAGGCCAUAAUUAGGCUAGCUUGUUCAAUCCACAGGCCUUGUAUUCAUUAUAAAUAUUUUUCUUGUAGUCUUUUGUUUAUGGUGACGAAGAUUGUCAAUAUUCACCUGGUGGCAUGUCACAAGAUGGUAUGUCUCCAGACCUGUCACCCAUGCAUACAUCUCCAAUUCCAGGGGCACCACUACACCCCUCCCAGUCACCUUACGGUACCUCCCCCUCUGCCUCAUCACAGAUAUCACCCAGCAGCAAUCAACCUGCUAGUGUACCAUUCAACAACAACAACAACAACAACAACAACAAUGUUGGAGAACCUCCGACAAAAGUUGUUCCUGAUAUAAGUUUUGAUGAUUUGAGUGCAUCGUUUCGAAGUUUAUAUCGAUCAAUGUUUGAUGCCAGUGUUAGCAAUCAAAGUUUUGGAGGUAAGUCUUAUUUAUUAAACUGACUUCACUUAAACAUUUUGCUCCCUGUAUCCUUUACUGGCUGAUAGUUUCAGCAGAUAUAAAAAGUAAUGUCUUCAUUAUAUUUACAUCUCUUCAAGGUUCAAGUUCUUCAUCAUCCAAUCCUAUAAUUGGUGAAAAUCCAAGUCUUGGCAACACAAGCACCAGCCAACAGUCAUUGAGCUUGGUACAAAACCUUGAGACCUUGCUAGAAAGUAUGAACUCUGGUAACUGGCAGAAUGUUGAUUGGGGACAGAUGCAAUCUGUUAUGGAAAACAUGCAGGGUUUAGAUGCAAGUUCAUUUGGUGUUGAUCCUGCCCAGUGGCAAGAACUGACUCAGUCAUUUAAUCAACUCCUUAAUGCCCAAGGCAUACCAAGGAACUUUAAUUUUAGCACUUCUAACCAAUCGUUUUCAAGUAAUAGUAGUUUAAGUAGUCACUCGGCAAAUAGUUUUACAGGACGGAAUUUUAUGAAUCUGUCGCCAGGAAGUGGUGCUCAUUUAUCAGCCGGAAGUUUUGUUGGUUCAGGGAGUCCAGGAACAAGUGCUGGAUCGUAUCAUUCAACUGGAAGUGUUCCAGGAAUUCGAGUCACACCACCAAACUAUAACAUUCCAAGAAGAAAUGUGAUUGAAGAGGAGGACGAAGAAGAUGAUUUUGAUUGGUCAACAAUUAUGUAGUUUUUAUACAGGUCAGUGAUCAAAUGCCUCUUUAUUGCAUGGAUCACUUUUCAUGUUACUAUACCAAAAAAAUGGCACAAGGAUCAAGCUUAGGGUUAGGAUUAAUGUUUAAGGAUUUGCUCUACAACAAGGAUUUUGAUUAGGAAUAGGAUUAUAAUUGGGAUUUGUAGGUCAAAUAGCAUUGGCUUACCACAAUGGUUAGCCUUCUCUUCCUGUAGAAAGUGAUCACUUUCCCAAAUGAGUUAAAUGGUGGAAUUGGUGAGGAGUAAGGCUAGGAUUGCAGAUUAGGAUUAUCAUUAGUGUUAGGAUAAUGGAUAGUUAAGUAAACAUUCCAUUUUGGUUGACCUUGAGAGCUCCGGGAAGUGGAUAAAAAAUUAUUCCCAGAUAUUUAUGUGUUAGUCCUAAUUGAUUGCCCAGUCAACUGUAUUUCAAAACCAACUGUUAAUAAUUAGCAAGUUGUAGGGUCCUGAUUAAGAUUAUCGGAUUCGAAGCGUUUCCAUGACGGUGGUGUUUUUCUUCCCUUUCAGGGUUGUUUCCUGUGUGUAUAUAAUUCAUUCAUUGAUGGGAACUGCACCAAACAUAGAUUUGAUUAACACAUAAUAUUUGCACUUGCCAAAUAACACCAGCCUAGUGCGAAGAUGCCAAGAGAAACUGAAAAUAAGUUAUGUGAAGAUUUAAAAUCAAAACUGAAUAUCAAGAAUGCCUGCUGGAAGGGCGUGGAUGCAUUCCUGUCCGAGAACUAACACUACUUAUUUGUAGCCAUACAUGUAUAUCUGCAUCAUAUACAAAAAGCUACUGAAUCGAAGAUUCAAUGAAGACAAUGAAUGCUCUUUGAAAACUACCAUGGAUUAAGACAUAAAGGGUUUACACCUAUGCUUCAAUUGUUCUAUCAUAUAGUAUCUCAAAGACCAAAAAUGUAUGAUUCACGCGUCAAAUCAUUCACGCGUCAACUCUGUGUUUUCAAGAACCGUGGCUUUAAUGCAUUGGAUACAAUCAUGGUUGAUUCCAGGACACAAUCACGACAUUAAAGACAUUCACAGAUAUGUCCCUGUAUUGGCAGGUUCUUUGAACUGAGAACCAAGCAUGGUUAAGUAGAUUUUGUGGUCUACCUGGUAACCUUCUAAUCUUAUGGUAAUCUGUACAGUAUCUUCCAGCAUUUGACUAACUUGCGCAUGUUGAAUAUGAACCCUUCAUAUUAAAUCAUGGAUUGUGAAAAGACUUUCAAUUACCAUUGUUUUUUAAAUCCCACUAGUUAACUGUAAUGUUUGUAUAUUUAUUGGAAAUGCGUUGGUUUUUAUGACCGAGUUGAUCUUGGUACCAAGUUGAACUUGGUUGGAGUUGCAUUAUACUUUAUACAGUAGUCUCAAUUUGCAAAAUGGGCUUUGAAUUUGCUUCAGUUUUUGAAAAACGCGAAAUAGGUAUCUAAAGCACGUCAAAGUUUAGUUGAAGAUCAAUUAUAACUUAACUUCGGCGUUUUUCGUGCAGUCGUCAUCUCUUACUCUAUUCCGUACCCUACAUAAUUUGAAGCACAUUCAGAUCGACACAUUUGUAGUGUUUUAGAUAUAGCAAUGUUAGUGUAUAAUAGUGUGUAGCAGUUUUUGAAACAACAUAAUAGUUGCAUUUGUUACACUUUCUCGUCUACAGUGUUUUGAGUAAUACAGUUAAUUUGAAUAAUACUAUAUUGUAAAAUCGUUAUGUAAAACCCCAUGCCAUGAUAUUGUUAGCUUAGUCACUUAGACAACAAUGUUAAUAAGUGGCUAAGUACGGCUAAGUUCCCCUUUUGAAUUUUUUUUAAAGAAAUAUGAAUGAAAUGGCAGGUUUACAUCGAUGUUCCUUGACUUUCAGAUAAUCUCAAAUUGUUCUUUUAUUUUCUGUAUUCUCUCUCGCAGACGCAUAAUAUGAGUUUUCCGAUGUGGUCAUUUUGAAAUACUUCCUACUUUGGAAGGGAGGAACCCCUGUUGUUUUUCUCAUAGAGGAACCCCUGUUGUUUUCUGAACAGUACACCAGAAACAGUACAAGGAAAUAAACCGUACCAGGAUUUAGUCAUCCGCUCGAAGAAGUUUUAGCUUCAGCAUAUUAACUGAUGGCUUCUGGC